AUGUGUUUGGGAAAGAGAAUUUUCAUUGCAGAUACAUCAAAAGACGCAUAUUUAGUAGAAAAAAUCGACUCUUGUCCAGAUAUAGGUUAUUUCUUUAAGCGAGAAUCAAACUCUAAUGCCUUAGAAAAGUUGUGUCAUCUCUGCUUCUGCCAAGACAACGGCACUGCAGUUUGUUGGCCGAGAGAUAGUAGAAGAUGUGAUAAGAAACAUUAUUAUCAUCUUGGAAAGACAAAAAGAGAGUCUCGGUUGCGGCGGUCGCCAUCUUUCUCUGAUAUCUUCUUUCGGGAUGCUGCGAGAGAUGUUUUUAACAAACAACUGCCUUCAGAACAAUGCAAGCCUUACGAGUCCAGCUACAGUGAAGGAUGCCCGCCAGCCGACUGGUGCAUUGGAUGCACUGUAUGUGACUGCGACGCUAAUGGACGGUGGGACUGUCAUGUUCUAAGUUUUUGUCCCGAUAAUAAAGGUAAAACACAGUUAAAGAAAAGAAAAGGCGCACUAAGAAAUAAAAUUACUAAAAGACAGUUGUCAACAAAAAAGCCAACACGAACGAUUACAAAAAAGCCAACCAAAAAACCUCCAAUGCAAAAUGUUAAUAAAAAUCAAAAUAAAAAGCAAGUACGCAAACAGUUGAAAGAAAAUAAGAAGCAAAUAAAUACAAAAAACAAGAAAACGAAAGACACUCAAAAAAAGAAAUUGGCAAUGAAUAAAUCUAAAGCAGCUUCACAAAAGAAAAAUACUCCAGCAAAAAGACACACUUUAAAUAAAAAAAAUACCCAACAGGACAAAAAAGCAAAUAUAGCAAAAAGUACUAACAUAAAAAUACCUGAGUCCAAGAAUAUUAAUAAAACUGAUGCCACAGCUAUGUUUGCUGAGAAUAUACUAAAAAAGGUAAUGGCUUCCGUAGAAAUGUUUUUGAAUCAAAGUCAAAAAAAUAUUAAUAAAUCUAAUGCUAAAGUAACACAAAAAAGAUCAAUGUCUAAACAAGUUAAUACAAAUACGAAGAAAAGUAAGAAUAUAGAGAAGAGCCAAGCUAAGACUAAAAUGGUUAAUAAAGUUAACAAGAAGCAGUGGAUGAAGAAAGUACUGGCUAAUAAGCAAAAUGAAAAACUGGGAAUAAAUUAUAGAAGAAAGAGAGAAGUUAUUAUGACCGAAAAUUUCAAUGAUAUGUUUAGGAAAGGUAAAAGGAGAAGU